CAGCCGUCUCCGAUAAAUACGCAUGCGCGCAGUAUACAAAAUGUCGGGAGGAUCGGAAAGGUUAAAAACGAGAAGGAAUUUGUCUACAGAAAGCUCAGUCAUGGCAUAUCAGUUUUGCUGUCUCUGUCCGGAUAUUUAAGAAGCAGAGCAAGGGAUUCAAUCGAAUAUCCUUCCUGCUCAGACAGUGGGAAUGGAUUCACUUGGUCAUCUCAACUGAAGGUACAUCAGCGAGUUCACACUGGGCAAGGACAUUCAUCUAUUCUGUGUGUGAGAAAGGAUUCAGUCGGUCUGCCCACCUGUGGACACACCAAUCAAUUAACACCGGGCAGAGGCUAGUCAUCUGCUGAAGUUCUGGGAAAGGAUUCACUCCAUCAUCUGACCUCAUAGCACACCAGCGAGUUCACACCAGAGAGAGGCAGUUCACCUGCUCGGACUGGGAAGGGGUUCACUUGGUCGUCUGAACUACUGAGACACCAACGAGUUCACACUGGGGAGAAGCCGUUCACCUGCUCCGUCUGUGGGAUGAGAUUCACUGAUUCAUACACACUACAAAGUCACCAGCGAGUUCACACUGGGGAGAGGCCGUUCACCUGCUCCGUCUGUGGGAUGAGAUUCACUGAUUCAUACAUACUACAAAGUCACCAGUGAGUUCACACUGGGGAGAGGCCGUUCACCUGCUCAGACUGUGGGAAGGGAUUCACACAGUCAUCCAACCUGCAGAGUCACCAGCGAGUUCACACUGGGGAAAAGCCUUUCACCUGCUCAGUCUGUGGGAAGAGAUUCACUCGGUCAUCUGACCUAAUGGCUCACCAGCGAGUACACACCGGAGAGCGGCCGUUCACCUGCUCGGACUGUGGGAAGGGAUUCUCUUUAUCUUCUCGCUUACUGACACAUCAGCGAGUUCACACUGGGGUGAAGCCGUUCAUCUGCUCAGUCUGUGAGAAGAGAUUCACUCACUCUUCCACGCUACAGAGACACAAGCUUGUUCACACUGGGGAGAAGCCGUUCACCUGCUCAGUCUGUGGGAAGGGAUUCACUCAGUCAUCCAGUCUGCAGAAUCAUCAGCGAGUUCACACUGGGGAGAAGCCGUUCACCUGCUCAGAAUGUGGGAAGGGAUUCACUGAGUCAUCACACCUACAGAGACACCAGCGAGUUCACACUGGGGAGAAGCCAUUCACCUGCUCAGUCUGUGAGAAGAAGUUCACUAACUCUUCCACCCUACAGAGUCAUCAGCGAGUUCACACUGGGGAGAAGCCAUUCACAUGCUCAGUCUGUGAGAAGGGAUUCACUCAUUCUUCCACCCUACGGAGACACCAUCGAGUUCACACUAGGGAGAAGCCAUUUACCUGCUCAGUCUGUGGGAUGAGAUUCACUGAUUCAUCCUACCUGCAGAGUCACCAGCGAGUUCACACUGGGGAGAAGCCAUUCACCUGCUCAGUCUGUGGGAAAGGAUUCACUCUGUUAUCCAACCUGCAGUGUCAUCAGCGAGUUCACACUGGGGAGAAGCCAUUCACCUGCUCAGACUGUGGGAAGGGAUUCACUGUUUCAGCUAGCCUAAUGGCACACCAGCGAGUUCACACCGGGCAGCGGCCGUUCACCUGCUCAGACUGUGGGAAGGGAUUCACUUUGUCAUCUAAACUACUGAAACACCAGCGAGUUCACACUGGGGAGAAGCCGUUCACCUGCUCAGUCUGUGAGAAGAGAUUCAGUGACUCUUCCGCCCUACAGAGACACCAGCGAGUUCACACUGGGGAGAAGCCAUUCACCUGCACAAUCUGUGGGAAGGCAUUCACUCAGUCAUCCCACCUACAGAGUCAUCAGCGAGUUCACACUGGGGAGAAGCCAUUCACCUGCUGAGAAUGUGGGAAAGGAUUCGCUCAGUCAUCCCAACUACUGGCACACCAGUAAGCUCACAAUGGGGAGUGGCCGUUGUUAUGAUUCCCCAGGUUUCGUUUACUGUGGACUGUCAUUUUGAGAGAAAGAGAGAGAGAUAAAGAAGGUGAAUCAGUCUGACUUGCAGCUUGUUUACAUCGCUCGCAGCUUGUUUAAUUUUAACCAAGGACACGGACACUCAGAGUGAGACGGAGAUGAAGGAUGAAAAAUGGAAGGUUCAAAACAAGGGAAAUAGUGGCCAAAGCUCAUGGUUUAGAAUGUCCCUACGCCCACAAGUGUGGGUUAAUUAUCAUUUCAGCAUACAUCGAAUGUGUGGUUGUCACCUCUUUUGAUCCAUGGGAGUGGAUCGGAUUUGGGGUAUCCUGUGAAGACCACUUAUGUGUUAACCCUUGCCUAGUUGUGGUGUGGUAAUUCACUCGAAGACAAUACCACUUUUGACAUGUCACUUUCGGUGGUAAUUCGUAUGUGGAUUUGGAACACGACCGAUAAAAUCUACAGUGACUGUUCUCUCAUUUUACCACCAUGGAACCUGUGGAAUUUGACAUAAUUGCCUUCUCUUAACAUUUACCCAGGAUUACAAAUAUCUCCCUCUCAUCACCUAUUCUGUGGUUGAAUUGAACUUUCGUACUUUACCAUCUCAAGACUCCAAGCCUUGUUUCCCCUGAGCUCAAUAGUUUUGGAGUUACAUUUACACACAUAUAUAUACAUAACAAUGUUCACUUUUGUUUAUCUUGCUUAAGUUACUAUAUUAAAAGUAGAUUCUAAUAACGAUAGUUUUAACAUCAAAAA